GCCACCAUGAAGUGGAGGGCGUCCAUUCUUGUCGUCUUCCUGCUAAGUUUUGCUGACUGCAAAGUGCUGCAUAGAAAUGAUUUUGGAAUAGCUUCGACAUUAGAUUCUUCCCAGUGCUCGACAGAGAAGAAUUUACUUAGCCUUGCCACCAUCACCUUUACCCAGUUUAUCCCCGAAGCCACUAUGGAGGAAGUAAGCAAAAUGACUAGCGACGUGUUGAAGGCGAUUAAGAAACCCACAAGCGAAGAGCAGCAAGGAGGGUGUUUAGAAAACCAGAUGUCUGUGUUUCUGGAUGAAAUUUGCCACGAGAAGGAACUCUCUGACAAGUAUGGAUUCGCAGACUGCUGCAGCCAAAGUGGGGAGGGAAGACACCAGUGUCUGCUUGCCCGCAAGAAGACGGCUUCCGCCUCUGUCUUGCCCUUUAACUUCCCGGAAGCUGCUGAGAGUUGCGAAGCAUACAAAGAAAACAGGGAGAUGUUCAUGAACAGGGUCAUCUACGAAGUGUCAAGAAGGUACUCCUUCAUGUACGCGCCUGCCAUUCUUUCCUUGGCUGCUCAGUAUGACAAGGCCGUCCCAGUAUGCUGCAAAGCUGAGAACCCGGAGGAAUGCUUCCAGACAAAGAGAGCAUCAAUUGCCAAAGAACUAAGAGAAGGAAGCUUGCUGAAUGAGCACGUGUGUGCAGUAAUAAAGAAGUUUGGAUCCCGCAACCUCCAGGCCACAACCAUUAUUAAGAUGAGUCAGAAGUUCCCCAAGGCGAAUUUUACUGAGAUUGAGAAGCUGGUCCUGGAUGUGGCUCACAUCCACGAGGAGUGCUGUCUAGGAAACGCGCUGGAGUGCCUGCAGGAUGGGGAAAAAAUCAUGUCAUAUAUAUGCUCUCAAAAAGAUAUUCUGUCAAGCAAAACAGCAGAAUGCUGCAAAUUGCCCACACUGGAACUUGGCUAUUGCAUCAUUCAUGCAGAAAAUGACGACAAACCUGAAGGGUUGUCUCCAAACCUAAAUGAGGUUUUGGGAGAUAGAAAUUUUGGCCAAUUUUCUUCAGAGGAAAAAAUCAUGUACAUGGCAAGAUUUAUUUAUGAAUAUUCAAGAAGAAACACUAUGUUUGCCGUCCCAGUCAUCCUAAGGAUUGCUAAAACAUACCAGGAGAUAAUGGAGAAGUGUUCCCAGGCUGAAAAUUCAGCUGCAUGCCAGAACAAUGGGGAAGAAGAGCUUGAGAAACACAUCCAGGAGAGCCAGGCACUGGCUAAGCAGAGCUGUGCUGCCUUCCAGAAGAUGGGGCCCUACUACUUACAAAAUGAGUUCCUCAUUGCUUACACAAGGAAAGUCCCUCAGUUGACCUCAGCGGAGCUGAUAGACCUCACCAGGAAGAUGGUGGGCAUCGCUUCCACGUGCUGCCAGCUCAGUGAGGAUAAAUGGUCUGCCUGUGGUGAGGGAGCGGCUGACAUUUUCAUUGGACACUUGUGUAUAAGACACGAAGCAAACCCUUUGAACCCCGGUAUCGGCCACUGCUGCAACUCUUCCUAUUCCAACAGGAGGCCAUGCCUCACCAGCUUGGUGAGAGACGAAAGCUAUGUCCCUCCACCAUUUUCUGCUGACAAAUUCACCUUGAGCAAGGAUCUGUGCCAAGCUCAGGGCAGAGCCCUGCAGACCAUGAAACAAGAGCUUCUCGUUAACCUUGUGAAGCAAAAGCCCAGCAUAACAGAGGAGCAGUAUGAGGCUGUCACUGCUGAUUUCUCUGGCUUCCUGGAGAAGUGCUGCCAAGCCCAGGAGCGGGACGUCUGUUUUGCAGAAGAGGGUCCGAAGUUGAUUUCAAGAACUCGUGCUGCUUUGGGAGUUUAA